AUGAGAUUUAUUCAAAGUAUUAUAUUUUAUCUCUUAAUGGUUUAGAAUAUAUAUAAUUAGUAAAAAUUUAAUUAAUAUAGGGUGGCUAUUACUUUUAUUAGCAGGAUUAACCAAGACCUAUGGGUCAUCCAAAUUUGAAAAGUAUGUUCAAAGAGUUUUGUUCAGAAAAAUCUUUCCUCCUUUUUUUAUUAUAAAAACAGAAUUCCUCAAAACAUAAUAAAUAAAAUUUAUUUCCUAUUUUUAGGUUGUGUCACUUCAAUAAGCUAAGCAACUACUUGAAUCAAUCAAACAGCUACGUUCAGCAUUAAUUUUGAGAUAUUAUUACAUGGGAAAUCUAGCAUCAUCAGUGAUUACUUGUGAGCACAUCUUAAAUGUUAUAGAAUUGAAACUAAUCAAAUUUAUAUUGGGUAUUAAAAAUGGUUAACAAACGAUUUAUUCACUUUGAAUGAAAUAAUUGCAUAUUUAAAUCAGUUUAGGAUUCUGAUAGAGUUAUAAGUUUGGCGAAAGAAGAUCUCAAGUAAAUUAAAUAACAAAUAAAAGCUUACUAGAGAAUUAUGAUGCUACUUUAGAGGGGAAGAUAUCACUAAAAUUUUUCAAGAGAACACCACAAUAAGUAUAAGAUCGAAAAAUGACUAUGUCAAAGUAAAAUCAGAAAAAAUUGAAUAAAAAUUAGAACAUAUAAACACAAGAUUAAUUAAUUGACACAACCAUAGUAAUAGCAAAUUCAAGAUGCCCUAUAUUUAAGUAACAAUUAAAAAAUUGA